GUCCAAAAUUGCAAUAAUGAUUAAAAUUUGGUACACUUUUGUUAAUAUCUAUUUUUUUCGAAGGUGAUGCUGUUGCGGGUAAGGUAGCUCGGAUUGUAGACGUUCCGUUCCAUCUAUGUCAUGGAGACCCUUUCAAGGUUUACAUUACCGCCCACUUGUUCCAGCCUUCAGUUCCCAAAGAUCUCUGCAUUAUCUCGUUUCCCAAAUGCUAUUUCCACAACCACUCCACUGGUUUCAGUGCUAAGAGUAAGAGCUGGUCCUCCUUCAGUGAGUAGUGCUGAUGAGGAUGUCCUGCAAAUAUUUUUUAAGGAGAGAGAAUUAAAUGGUGAUUUUAUAUCAAGAACUUCUGAUUUAUUAUGGAGAAGAAAUUUCAGAAACUCUGGUGAUUAUGACAUUGACACGCUGACAAAUAAUACUUCUCAAGAAACAGAGCAGAUCACGGGAACUGACAAUGAUGGCGGUUUUUUGAAACUUACAAGAACCCAAGAGUGGUUAACAGGCGACAAUUCUCCUCCAAUAAACAAGAAGGUGACUGCUAAGAUGUUGCAGGACAGUAGCGCAAGGCGCAAGAAACUGAACAUGCUCAAGUAUGAAUCUCUCAAGAGGGAAUUACUACUUCUAUCUGUGGGUAUUGGAUUGGCAUGUAGUGGAUAUUGCUUGGUAAUUUUUUCAGUACAGGCUGCUAUAAGUUACGGGAUCGGAGUACUUUUCAGUUGCUUGUACCUUCAACUCUUGUAUCAACAUGCAGACAACAUAUCCAAUGAAAAUGUUCCUCAAAUAUUCAAGAAAAAGAAAUCAAAGAAAAUUGGUAUAAGAAGUGAGGACCUUGAAGAUUUCUUGGAGAGGUCAAUCAAGGGUAGCAGUAUAUCACUUUCAUCUCCCAGGCUUGUUAUUCCAGCAACAAUAUAUGGACUUUGGGUCCUGUUUCAUCAAUAUUUUGCCAAUGACUUUUUUGAUUUCCAGCUUGUGCCAGCCAUGUUCGGAAUGUUUGUCUACAAGGCUGCUGUUCUGGUGCAAGUUUAUAGAGACAAUGAAGGCUUGCGGUUUGUGUUUCCAGAAAAUGAAGAUGGAUCAAGCGAUUGAAGUAUUUAUUUUCCUAUGCUCAGCACUCAGCAGAGUACAGGACUCAGUACUCACUAUAUCUUGGAACAUUGGAAAUGCUUAGCUGACCCUUAACUGAGCACUGCUGAUCACCAGGUUACAACCCUUCACUACGUUCAUCUUGAAUUUUAGAACGAUGAUGCUAUUUCAUUACAGUAAAUAGUAAAGAGUGUAUCAAUAUCUUGUUCUUGAAGCUAACAUUUGUUGACUGUUGAAAGUUACAAGCUAAAAUAUUACAUGCAUUUUCAUUCAUCCUA